CGGCCAGUCUCUGCGCAGUAGUGAACGGAGAAAGACGCGCACGGAGAGAAGAGAACUAACACAACUCUAAAAACUGACCCUGAAUAGGCGCUGAACUUUUCUACAGGGAUGAGUUCAUACGGAUCACAGACCAGACUAAACCAGAUGAGCCGCAGAUCCAACUCUCGGCCCGACCUGACCACUGUAGGCUACAGUUUACCCAGGACUGAUGGUGGUCAGAUGUUCAUGAGUGGAAAUGGAUACCAGUCUGAUUACAAUGAUGGCUAUACGCAGACCGUUUCGCACACUUUCUCCAAAAACUCACUGGGAGCUGGAGGAGGAGGAGGAGGAGGAGGACAGAGCAUGUCAUCCAUGUCUGUUAACAAAAGAGCUCAGAUGCUUUACAAUGAGUGCAUGAACAGCCUGCAGAGAGCUCAGCACAUCCUGGAGACUAUGGGACCGGCGUCUGAAGUAGACAAAAACAUGUUCAUGGCAACAGAGGCUUUAGAACAGCUCAAGAAGUGUGCUAUGGACUUGAGGAACGCUGGUCAGCCAAAUGAUAUGAUCCUCAGAAGUCUAGAGGAAUGUGGCAGCAUACACGCAGAAAUCCGAAGCUCCAUCACGGGCACCACUCUGAGGAGGACCAGCAACAUCAGCAGCUGGGAAGACCCCAGCAAGAGCUUCCAAGAGGCAAUGUCAUGGAUUAACCAGAAAAAGCGGCUUAUUGAAACCGCACCCUUCGGUGAUGAUACAGAGACGAUUAGCCAACAAAUUCUGAAUCACAACAAGUUCCACAGUUCAGUUCAGAGAAGCCUGGAGGUGGAUAGAGCGCGAGAUGAACUGCUGCAGAGCGGAGAAAAGGGUGGACUUCACGCCCUCGAUCAAGAAUGGGACAGUUUCCAGAAAAUGUCCCAUACGCGAACAGCUCAUCUGCGAGACCUGCAGAACAUCAUUGAGGAGAUUUCGAGAGCCAUCAUGUGGGUUAAUGACAGAGAGGAAGAGGAGCUGGUGUUCGACUGGGGCGAUAAAAACAUUGACAACUACAUCCCCAAAAAACAAGAGAGCUACUCGAAACUGAUGAGUGAGCUGGAACAGAAAGAGAAAGAGCUGAAUAAGGUGAAGAUAAAGGUGGACAACCUCCUAAAGAGCCAGCACCCAGCCUCAGAUAAAAUACAGGCUUAUAUGGACACAUUGCAAACCCAGUGGAGCUGGUUACUGCAGAUCACCAAAUGCAUUGAUGUUCACCUUAAAGAGAACGCUGCCUACAGUCAAUUCUUCAAGGAGGCCAAUGAAACGUACACCAGGCUGCAGAAGGACGAUGAGGGAAUCCGUAGGAAGUACACCUGUGACAAGAACACACCUCUGGAGAGCCUCGCAGAAAUGCUCAAAAACCUGGAGAAAGAGAAAGAGAGGAUCAUAGAUAGUAAGAGGCAGGUACAGACUCUGGCCAGCAAGUCCAAGAACAUUGUGUGUCUGAAGCCUCGUAACCCAGAGGAGAAGAGCAGCAGUCCGGUCAUAGUGCAAGCUCUGUGUGACUUCAAACAGGAUCAGAAGGGCAUUUUGAAAGGAAAUGAAGCUAUUCUGAAAGACAACUCUCAGCGCAGUAAGUGGCUAGUGACUGGACCUGGAGGACUGGACAUGCUCAUACCAUCAGUGUGCCUCAUUAUACCACCACCUAACCCUCUGAGCAUCAGCCUCGCACACAAGAACGAGCAGUACUUUGAAGCCAUCAUGUCCAUCUGGAGUCAGCUGUACAUUAACAUCAAGAGUCUGAUUUCUUGGCAGUACUGCAUGAGGGAUAUUAAACAGAUCAACUCCCUCACGCUCUCUAUGCUGUCACAAAUGCGCCCUGAGGAGUAUCGUAACAUCAUUAAGAGUCUGGAGAUGCACUACCAAGAGUUUAUGCGCAACAGUCACGGCUCUGAGAUGUUUGGAGGUGAUGACAAGAGGAAGAUGGAGCAACAGUACACAGGAGCACAGGCGCAUUAUGACCAGCUGGUGAUCCAUCUGCCCACCUACAGAGAGAAUGGGGUGAAAGUUGAUGUCACUAAGCCGUUGAAGGUGGAGACUGAUGGAAAGAAGAUUGAGACUGAUGGAAAGAAGGUGGUGACAGAUGGAAAGAAGGUGGUCAGCUCAGGUCUGAACAUGGGGUUCUUCUCAGACCUGAGUACUCUCAGACACAGACUUGAGGUAGCGGAGUCAGGCUUGAUUCAGAAUCUCCAUGUUCCUCUGAAGGAGAACGGUGUACAGGAGUGCUCCCGAAGAAUUGUGCUGCUGCAGAGUGUGCAUCGCGAUCUGGACACCAUCCUGGACGAGUACCUGCGACUGAGAGAGAAGAUUUUGAGAGAGUUAGAAGGAAGCACCGACGCAGAGCAGACCAAGUUCCUGCGGACAGAACUGGACUACGUUAGUCAGAAACUGGGCAGCCUGCAAGGCUUCUCAGAUGCUUAUAUCCAGAGACUGACGGCUCUUCAAGCGGUGCUGCAUAGCCUCCUGCAGGCUGAGGACAUCGUUAAAGUCCACGAGGCUCGUCUUACUGAGAAAGAAACCUCUUCUCUUGAUCUGGAUGAAGUGGAGAGGUACCGCAUGACUCUCAAGAACAUGAAAGCAGAACUGGAGCAGAAGAAAGGAGUUUUGAAGACUAUGGAGUCUGAGCUGUCCAAGGCUGUCCACUGGAACGGUCAGAUUGACCAGUCUUUCCAUCAGUGCGACGUUGACCUGUCCAAAUAUACAGAACUCGUCGGACAGAUGACUGACCGUUGGCGACGAAUUGUGACCCAGAUUGACAGCAGGACAUGGGACCUGGAAAAACAGGAGAAACAGCUGAAUCACUACAAGCAGACGAGCUCCAUGAUUAACAAAUGGAUUCAGGAGACACGUCAGCGCCAAGACAUUCUCCAGAUCACUAAAUUCAGCAGUGUGGAUACCUUAAAGGACCACCUCAAUCAGCAGAGAGCGCUGUAUUCUGAGAUAAAGGGAAAGAAGGAAAAAGUGGAUGACGUGGUCCGAGACUCUGACACUUGUGGUGCCUCCAUAAAGGAUUAUGAGCUCCAGCUGGCUUCCUACAGCGCAGGUUUGGAGACUCUGCUAAACAUUCCCAUUAAGAAGACUAUGCUUCAGUCUCCAGCCACUGAACUGAGGCAGGAGGCAAUGGAGUUGCAGUCACACUACAUAGAGCUCUUGACACGUUCAAGUGACUACUAUAAGUUCCUCGGGGAAAUGCUGAAAAACAUGGAGGAAUUAAAGAUGCGGAACACCAAAAUUGAGCUUUUGGAGGAAGAGUUGAAGCGCUUAAAAGAUGACCUGAAAGAUCAAACCCACAAGAACAAAUCAAUGGAGGACAGUCUGACUCGCUAUCGGCUGGAGCUCACUCAAUCUAAAGAGCAUCUUAUAUCCAUGGAGGAGGUGAAGAGAACCCAGGCUAGACAGUGCAGUGCUACCCAGGAAAGCCUGGACAGCACCCAGAAUAAGCUGAAGAGCUUACAAGAUGAGGUGUCUCAGCUCUCUUUUCUCAUUGAGGAUGAGAAACGCAAACGGAGGAUGGCUGAGGAACGAUACACUAGCCAGCAGGAGGAGUAUGAGCUUGCUAUCCGCAAGAGACAGAAAGAACUGGAAGAGCUCAACUUUUCCCAGAGUCAGUUUGAAAGGGCCAUCAAAGACAAAGAGCGGGAGAUUGAACGUCUUAACGUUCAGCUCCAGGAUGAGACCUCCCGUCGUAGUGCAGCAGAGUCAGAGACCUCAAAGGUAAGAGCCCAGUUGACCCAGGACAUUAAUAACCUUAAGCAGACUUAUGAAUCUGAGAUCCACAUCACCAAGACCAGUGUGCUCAUGGCAACACAGCAGAAGGACGAGCAAUCAGCAACUAUUAAACUCCAGUUAGACAGGCUGACUUCUGAGAAAAGAGACUUGGAAGAAGAACUUAGAAAGCUGCAGCUUUCUUUCAGCCGUUCAGAAGAAGCAAAGAGGAAAGCAGAGGAGGAAGCACAUCAGCAGAGGUCUUCAGCAUCAGAGGGGAGCCGGUGCAAGAGGGAACUGGAGUCACAGAUUCAGAUUAUGAUACGUCAAAGGGAAGAGAUUGACACAAGACAUAAAUUAGAUCUGGCAGAGGCCAACAGAGUUGCUCAGGAAAAGGUCCAUCAGAUUACCUUGUUGACACAGAACCUUCAAGAUGAGACCAGGAGGAAGAAAUCUUUGGAGGUUGAGAACCAAAGCCUCAAACAGUCUCAAGCUGAACUGCUCACUAAGCACACUUCCAACACAGAGGUCAUUAAUAAGCUAAAGAUCUCAGAGCAAGAAAUGGUCAUCAUAAAGCGAGAGAUGGAGAAGCAAAUGAAUGAGAAGAGCAAGUUGGAACAGAAUACCACCACACUGCAGAUUCGCAUCAGUGAACUGCAGUCAAUGGUGAAUGGGUUGCAGGCUGAACUGGAAAAAGAGAAGAGGAAUACACAGGAAGAGCUCACAAGGAGAAAGAGGAUAGAAACGGAUCUGGAUAGGGUGAAUCAGAUGUGCUGUGAAUACACCACUACCAUCAACACUCUACGGGUCCAUCAAGAGCAGGAAAGUACUUCUGGACGCAAGUAUGAGCAGGAGCUUCGCAGUCUAAAAGUUGAGUUGGAGAGAAGCCAAAAGGAAUAUAAAGACAUGGUAGAGAAUCUGACCAGGGUAAAUGCGGAAUUGAAGGCCUUACAGCAGCUGCUUUUACAGGAACAGGCUCGCGUCCGUGAGGCCAAUCAACGGAAUGACUCUCUCUAUAAGACAAUAGAAGAAAAGUGUCGUAUGUUAAAUGAGAACACAAGUGAGAUUGAAAAGCUGCAGAGCCUCACUCAGAAUCUUACCAAAGAACGCCUGCGUCUUGAGGAGGAACUAAGGACCAUGCGACUGGAACGGGAUGACUUAAAAAGAAGCCUGAGCACCAUUGAGAAUGAAAGUGCAUCCAGAUUGUCAGCCAUUCAGUUCCAGUUACAAACCAGCAAUAAGAGGGCACUGGAACUGCAAGAACUAAUCAAUGAACUGACUCAAGAGAAGGAAAGUUUAAGAGUGGAAAUUGCCCAAAUCCAAAAGCAGUUCUCGGAGACAUCCAUGAUGAUCCAGCGGUCUGAGACCCACUACAAAGAGAUUGUGCAAGAGAGAGACAGUCUCUUAAGCAAACUGAAACUGUUGGAAAAAGACAAAGGUAAGCAGCAGCGCUAUGAAGAGGAGCUCAGACGCAUCAAUGUCUCCUUGGAAUCUGAGAUUAAACAGAAGCAACGCCUCCAGGAUGAAAUUGACAAAAUUACCAAGGAGUUCAAAUAUUGGAAAAGCCAAUAUGAGUCAAAAGAGGGGCAGAUCAGACUGAGCGAGUUAGACAAAGACAAAGCAGAGCGAGACAGGGCCUCUUUGCAGAGCGAGAUCCAGAGAUUGACUGCCGAGCUUAGGAGUGUGGAAGAGCGCUAUCAGAGUCGUCUUCACAUCUCAGAGAAGGAAAUCUCAGUGCUCUCUCAGAAGAGAGAAGCUUUGGAAAUGGAACUGAGAAGGUUGCAACAGCGUCCCAUUUCGUCCUGUAGGCAUACACAGACUGAUGAGGUUUCUAAAACUGUCUGUGAUAGUGUGUACCAGAAAGUCACAGUGCAAGGUCUUCGUGGUGAGGUCUCACUUACAGAGCUUGUGGAUUCCAACUUGCUUACUCAAACAGAUUUGGAUAAAAUAAACCAAGGAAAAUUAACAAGCAAGGAUAUUGAGGACAGGCUCAAAUCAUACCUAGGUGGAUCAUCUUGUAUCGCUGGUAUAUAUGAUGAAGCCAAAAACAGGGUUGUGCCCUUUUACCAGGCUAUGAAAGAAGGACUGAUUCGGCGGGGAACCACACUGGAGCUCCUGGAGGCCCAGGCGGCCUCUGGUUUCAUAAUUGAUCCAGUAAAUAAUGUUUGCCUGACUGUGGAAGAAGCGUGGAAGAGAACUCUUGUGGGACAGGAGUUUAAAGAUAAACUGCUAUCUGCUGAGAAGGCUGUCACAGGAUAUAAAGAUCCAGCAACAGAAAAGAUCAUCUCACUCUUUCAAGCAAUUGAGAAAGAGCUGAUUGAGAGGGGUCAUGGAAUUAGACUGCUGGAGGCUCAGAUAGCCAGUGGAGGCAUCAUUGACCCCAAAGGGAGCCAUCGUAUUGAUGUGGAAGUGGCUUACAAGAGAGGUUACUUUAACCGUGAAAUUAAUGAUAUUUUGGCAAAUGAGGGCGAUGACACCAAAGGUUUUUUUGACCCUAACACCCAUGAAAACCUCACAUAUCUGCAACUGAAGAAGAGGUGCAUCACAGAUCCCAAGACAGGGCUCAUCCUUUUGCCUUUGAAGGACAAGAACAAGCUGCAACAAACAACAACUCAAAAGAACACUCUCCGCAAGAGGAGAGUGUUGAUUGUAGAUCCCGACACAGGGAAAGAGAUGACCGUACGGGAAGCUUACCAUCGAGAGUUAAUUGACUAUGACACCUUUCUGGAACUUUCUGAACAAGAGUGUGAGUGGGAGGAGAUCAAAAUCUCAGCAUCUGAUGGCAGCCAGCGCAUAGUUGUUGUUGAUCGCAAGACAGGAAAUCAGUUUGAUAUUCAAGAUUACCUUGACAGGGGUAUUAUUGACAGACAAAGCCUGGACAAGUACCAAGCAGGGACUCUGACACUCACUCAAUUCGCAAAUCUGAUCACUAGGAAAAGCAAUAGCUCUGAGCUUGCCAUCUGCUCCAGCAGUCCUGAGAAUGUUGCUAUUUGCAGUAGUUCCGUGCAGGUUGCACCAUCAUCUCCAACUGUCCGCAAACGUUUUGCUAGUGCAUCUAUUGCACUCUCCCCUUCAUCUGAAAUUUAUGAUGACCAGAGCCCUGUGGGAGCCAUUUUUGAUACAGAGACCCUAGAGAAGAUAACCAUCUCAGAAGCCCAGCGACGUAGAAUAGUGGACAACAUCACCGCUCAGCGGCUCCUGGAAGCUCAGGUUUGCACUGGAGGUAUUAUAAAUCCUAUCACUGGCCAGAGACUCUCUCUGACAGAUGCUGUACAGCAGAGCAUCAUUGAUGAAGAUAUGGCUGUCAAGCUUAAACCAGCACAGAAGGCUUAUGUAGGUUUCGAUGAUGUCAAGACCAAGAGGAAACUGUCUGCCGCUGAGGCCAUAAAGGAAAAAUGGCUCCCUUAUGACGCAGGGCAGAGGUUUCUGGAGUUCCAGUACCUGACGGGAGGACUCCUAGAGCCAGAAACUUGUCGGCGUGUGACCAUUGAGGAAGCCAUCCGCAAAGGAUGGCUUGAUGGCAAAGGGGCACAAAAGCUGCAGGAUACAAGAAACUACAUUAAGAACCUGACCUGUCCUAAAACCAAACUAAAAAUCUCAUACAAAGAGGCAAUGAAUAACUGCAUGGUGGAAGAGAACAAUGGUAUGAAGAUGCUCCAGGCUACUUCUAUGUCUACAAAGGGCAUCAGCAGCCCAUACAAUGUGUCAUCAGGUCCAGGCUCUCGCACAGGAUCCAGAGUAGGGUCGCGUACUGGCUCAAGAAGCGGCUCACGCAGAGGCAGUGUUGACUACUCCUCUUCAAAUACUUACAGCUACAUCAAAUCUUAGGAACACAUUUAGCUGUAAUCCCUAUUCUUAGUAUGUGCAAUACACAUUUAAGAAUUCCUUUUUAGUCAUCUUGUUUUAAGUAUGGGUUCGGGAUAUAGAAUAUUGUUUGAUUUAUUUGAAACCAUUUAUUUCAUUUUUUACUUGGCUAACUAAUGCUAAUACAUUUUCUUGGGUAUCUUUUAGGAUGGUUUUCAGAUCAUUAAUGUGAUGGAUUGAUUAACACAAAGCAAAUUUUAGAUUUUAAAUGGCAUUUAACAUACUGUUUUUCAUCAUUCCUUAAUUGAUUUAUUUGGUGUGAUCAUUUUCAAAUAUUUUCAUAUGCAUGUUUUAUUUGAAAAAUCUGCACUAGCAUAGUAUCAACGUGUAUUUACGAAUUUAAAUGUAGAAAUAUUUUUUUUGUGUGUGUGAUAUGCUUUUAAUGGAUGAAUAUUUGAUUGGAUUGUUUGUAUAUGGAGGAAUCUGAACAAUAAAUCAGCUUAUACUAAC